AUGCGCCCGCGAGUAGCGCACCGCAACGGCCGUGACCCCGUCACAGCAGGCAUCUCGCCGUCGAAAGCAGGCCGAAGCUACUCAACCAUGGCCGAUACCUACGGCGCUGAAACAAGCAGGCGAAUGCUAGCCGCAAAUGGGGAGGGGGGAGAAAAGGCGCGCGGGUUUGCCCCCAACAACAGCAAUGCCACGACGACAGCUUCACGUUUUUCCGCCCCCAAAGGUGUCGCAACUUCGCCGAUGCGCGAGUCAACGUCUUUGAUGAUACAUCCCACCAUGUCGCCCAUGAAAAUGGCUCGACACGAAUCUCCAGGCUCACCACCACCAACACCGGCGGAAAGGGGGGCAGUAAAGACAUCGGUGGUGUCUCCGCAGCUGCGAGCUGCAGUUUCACCACACUCUCUUAGUUCGUAUAGGCAGUGCUGCCUUGCAGGUGACUCCCAACAGAGUGUGGCUUGCGCGGCGCCCAGGUACACGGAGAUGAAUCCCUAUCCAGUGGCGGCGACUUCACUAGCGUAUCCUGGAGAAACGUCUUGGGGUUUGAGAAGAAAUACAUACCCCCCUCGUCAACUUUAUCCAGGCGUGGAAAAGAAACCGGACGCCUUCCCAGCGAGCGGCGCGAAGAAGUUGCAUUUGCGGGGCACUUCGCGGGCAGCUUAUGGGUCACCAUUAUUCGGCUGCGAUCCUCGUCAUUCCAGCGGAUUCAUAAACCCCAGUAAUGAUUGUUAUGCAUGCAGUGUUUUGACUCUGCUGCUACGUAGUCCUCGGUUUUGCCGUGCCUUGCGUGAGGCGCCUGUGCCUGUGCCUGAGCCUGAGCCUGAGCCUGAGCCCACUGACUCCGCUAACGGGAAUGGUGCCAAGGGUAACCGAGACGACGACUUGGAUGAGAUGAAUACAGGCUGGCCCCGCACGUCUCCCAAACGGCAGCAAAAGGUGACUUUUACAAGUGCCCAUCAGGUGCUUCUACACUUUGCCCGCUUGCUUGAGAGGCCGGAGCUUGUCAGAUAUGGAAUUGAUAUGAGUCCAUUGCGUGGAUUCUUUUCCGCCCCUUUCUUCUCUGGGGAACAGCAGGACGCCCACGAGUUUUUCUUGGAGCUCAUCCAAACUCUAGAGACGGAGGCGAUAGCAGCAGUAAAACGCCGGGAUGGAACGCUUGAGGACGGCCGUGACAGUAAAAAAACGCCCACGGAGGCGGAAGCGAACGCGUUGUUUAACGACGACUGCCCAGCCGAAGGAAGUGGCGGCAAAGAUGCCUCCAGCAUUCACCCAUCGCAUGUCUGGAUCAAUAGACUCUUUGGAGGGAAACUACUAAACGUUAUCCGCUGCGGGAACGAGGGCUGCGGGCAUGAAAUCGCCACCCAGGACCCCUAUGUCAACGUAUGUAUAAAUCUAAGCAGGACAGGCGCCACGGAGGCGGGAGUCACGCUGCCAGCUCAGUCGCCUGCCGCGGAUAACGGUGGCUCGGAGUUGAGUAAGGCUGUUCCUGGCAGACCCCGCCCACCACCAAAGGAGCCCGUUAGUGAACUGCAGCCUCCCACCACUUUGGAAGCGAAGCCUGGCAAACGUCGUCACAAAGAUGUUCAGACGUUGUUAGAGCACACACUCCGGUAUGUGCCUCUUGACAGGUACGUUUGUGACGCCUGUGGGUCCUCGCAAAAGCAAAAUCAAGGCGGCAGUCUCUUGGCUCCGGUACCACCUAUUCUUACGAUACAGCUGAAUCGGUAUUCCACGACCUACGACCCGGUGUGUGGGGUGUGUGUGUUAAAGGAUAAAACGCCUGUUUUUCUCAAUGAAAAACUUACGAUAUAUGCGUUGCGUGAAGAAGGACAGUUUGAUGGCGAGAAGAAGCAGCUGACACCCUGCGUACGAGAGGCGGAGCGCGCGGCCGAAGAACUAGGGCUGCACGUAACACCGAAGCAGCAGCACGAGGGGGAUGAGGCGGGAAAGAUGUCAGACACUUCAUCCCUGGUGGGAGACGAUGACUCCAGUGGCUCAGGCGUGAGCCGGCGGUGCGAAGGCGCGGAGGAGCAUGAGGCAGGGAACGACGCCAAGACGCAUGUAAACGCCAUCCGCUACGUGUAUCGUCUACAGGGCGUGGUGCGGCAUAUCGGUUCCUCCCCGAUUGCCGGGCAUUACGUCGCGGAGUUCGCGGCGGAUGGGACUGCGCCAGGAUCGCCGCCGAGGCCUGACGCCGCCGGCAGCAGCGUUGGCGGUGAGGAAGUCAAGUCGUCGUCACGACUCUGGCACAUAGCCAAUGAUGUUCGUGUGGACGUACUGCAACCGGCGUGCCUGCAGGGACUUCGUAGUCGUUCCACAGACUCCUAUCUGCUAUUGUACGAAAAGGAGACCGAGGACGAAGUCUCGUGCCCCGUCUGGCGAGUGUUGCCAUCUGUAAGAAGCUGA